AUGAGGAUGGCGCCUCAUGCCACGCAUCUGCUCGCCGCUCGGCCCAUUGUGCUGAGCCUGGCCAAAGUCAUCUUCUUCGCCUUCUCUCACCUUCCGUUGGCAGCAGCAGCACCUAUGCUGUCGCCCUAUCUCAUCUCAUCACAUCACGAUAUCGAACCUCCGAAUGAAGCCGACGACCCGAGUUUAUGGCUGUACCUGGGCAUUUCGGCAGCCUUGGUGUUGAGCGGCGGAGCGUUCGCGGGACUUACAAUUGCACUGAUGGGCCAGGACGAAGUCUAUUUACAAGUGAUCCAGACGUCUGGCGAAGCUUCGGAGAAGAAGAAUGCCGCCAGUGUCUUGAACCUGCUCAAGCGGGGAAAGCACUGGGUGCUCGUCACUCUUCUCCUCAGCAACGUGAUCACUAACGAGACUUUACCCAUCGUCCUGGAUCGGACCCUCGGCGGUGGAUGGCCAGCUGUGCUAGGAAGUACGGCCUUGAUUGUCAUUUUCGGCGAGAUCGUUCCUCAGUCGAUCUGUGUUCGAUACGGUCUACCUAUCGGGGCAUGGAUGGCACCGUGCGUACUGGUUCUGAUGUACGUCAUGUCCCCGGUAGCCUGGCCCGUGGCCAAGUUGCUCGACAAGCUCCUUGGCGAAGAUCACGGGACUAUUUACAAAAAGGCCGGAUUGAAGACCCUCGUUACCCUUCACAAGACGUUGGGCGAGGCCGGAGAACAGCUCAACUCCGACGAAGUGACAAUCAUAUCUGCUGUACUUGAUUUGAAAGAGAAAUCUGUGGGCACAAUCAUGACGCCGAUGGAAGAUGUGUUCACCAUGUCCGCGGACACCGUCCUCGAUGAACGCACCAUGGACCUGAUUCUGUCCCAAGGAUAUUCUCGCAUUCCCAUCCACGCACCCGACAAUCCUAUGAACUUUGUGGGCAUGCUGCUGGUAAAGAUGCUCAUCACCUACGAUCCCGAAGAUUGCAAACGUGUCCGAGAAUUUGCACUGGCGACCCUGCCAGAGACACGCCCGGAAACAAGUUGUCUGGACAUAGUCAACUUUUUCCAAGAAGGCAAAUCGCAUAUGGUGCUCGUUUCUGAGUAUCCAAGUGAGGAUCGUGGAGCCCUUGGAGUGGUUACCCUGGAAGAUGUCAUUGAAGAACUGAUCGGCGAAGAAAUCAUUGACGAAUCGGAUGUUUUCAUUGACGUCCACAAAGCCAUUCGUCGUAUGGCACCAGCACCCAAAAGCCGAGUGCCCAAGGGAAAAAUUGUCGAGGAGCCCCCAAUGGCAACUUCCCUGACAGACGGCGAGUUUGACGGGACGGCCAAGUCCUCACCCGCCCCCACACAAAUGUCUUCGGAGCUCCUUCGCCGCCGCAGCUCCGUAGAAGCCCCUCCUCCGCGCUUUCAACUCCGCCGACAAAAUGUCGAUCAGCCUUCAGACUCUCAUGAUAAUUGGUUCACCCAGAGAGGUGCUACAGACGAGAUCCGGGAGCACCUGAAACACCUUGGCCCCUCCAACCUUGCAAGCCGCCCACGCCAGACACGCUACACCUCCGUGAAAAUAAAGCGCAGCGGCAACUCGCCGUCUCGCUCUGCCCAAACAGACUUUGAAUCCGGACAUAGUACUUCUGAUUCGCAGCGCUUUAUGACGUCGACCGGUCUUCAAGGAGGGAUCGGGGCAGGCCUUGUGAGCUCCGGCGCUGAUGCUAAGGAUGGAGCCCAUGCUCUGAAACUCGGGUAUGGCACGAUUGCCGCGCACGACCAUGUUACCAAAGGCACAAAUGCCCAACAAUACAAAGACCUGCCAAAUGUCUCCAUCCCUGAAGCCGUCCGUGAAGAACGCGAAGACCUCAACCGCUCUGCUUCUACCCGCAAGAGCAAAAGCCACAGCAGCAGCGGUACAGGAAGUAUCCGCUCGACAGAUUCAAAGUCGGUUGAAUUUAUCUACCACCAUCGAGGUCCGACCCGCAGCGGCAGCAUCACAGAGCAAAUCGUGGACGUGAAUGGCAUUCGCAAAGUUGUCCUCCACGCCAACUGCAGCAGUUCUUCUGAAGGGGAAACUGGGGAAAAUGGGGCGUCCGCUCGCCUUACUGGCAUCUCGUCUCCUGUCACCAAGGACAGCGCCACAAACACUACAAAUACAACCGACCUGCAGACCUCGGCGCACGAGCCCCAAACCAAGAAACGUCGCCGCAAGAAGAAGCAUGGCAAACACCACAAUCCCCCAGGUGGCGAUGGCGCUAGAGAGGACCAACCUCUUCUGCAUUAAAUAUCCCCAUUGCAGCCAUUCCCCGCUUAACCAGAUCUACCGGCCUCUAUUCCCGGAAGCGAGCGAGACUGCGGAGCACAGCAUCUGCUCAGCCUCUACAUGCAACCAUGCUUCGCCCACACAUCUACAUACAUCCAGCAAUGAAAAUACUGGAGGCGAAGCUUGCGGAGGUCCAAACCUCUUUUCUACACUGACGACUAUCAUGAAGCUGUUCAGGCUCACAAAAUGAAACCCUGAAGAUCACCACAAAGUCCAUAAUCCAGGACACAGGCCGUCGAGUCUCUGCUCAUGAAAUAAAAACCCACAAAAAACCUACAUCAAAAUCAAAGGCUACCACGAAACUGAAAUGAAAUCGAAGGGCAACAUUAAAGACAAUUCAAAUGACAACAAGACAAAACCAUCCACCAGAAACCGCGACCAGGCUACAGAGACCGCGACAUAAAAUGUCGAGUCUCUCGCUCAUGCAAAAGGGCAAAAAAGGUCCACAAAUUUGCAGAGCCAGCGGGAUCAUCCAUCAGAUCGAAUGUCUUGCUCUCGCAGAAAGAGAGGCCUGGCCACAAGGACCGGCACAUGAAUUGUUGAGCCCUUCGCUCCUACAAACACAAAACCCACAAAACAAAAAUAAAUACAACCUAAAACAACAAAAACGAAAAAAACACAACCAACCACCGCAGAGACCGCGACAUAAAUUGUCGGGUCUCCUGGUGUCUCAUGUAACACCACAACUUCUCACGAUUGUUACACAUGUCCUGAUCAUUCCGAGCCUUCCAAGGUCUCGACUACUCCUUCCGACUUCCAUCCUUCCAUCCUUCCAUCCUUAUCCCUCCUCUCCUGAACAUUGUUAUGUUCUGUCAUAUUCACUUCCUCCGCCCAUUGUCUCCAUACCUCCUCUUACCAGUUAUGACACAUUACAUUUGCGCUGUUCGCAUUUUUUAUUUCCAGUUGCGCCUUUUCGUGUGCUGUGCAUAGCCUACUGCUUUCUGUGCACAUAUUUCUUCCAGGAUCGAGGCUUAGGUCCUCUCAAUCAAUUCUAGUUUUACCUGCC